CUGAACGCGACGUCACUAAGAGAAAUUCAACAUGGCCGACAGCCAGUCAGUGCUAGCUGGCGAAAGUUAGCGAAACGCUUUGGGAAAAAAAAUCUGCAAACCUCUUAGUCUUUGCUGCAGGUAUUUGAACUUUGUUGUGUGCUUUAACUGUAGCAUCAUAUCUGGGAACACCCCACGCAGUAAAUGGAGGUUUAAGUUGAGUUCGUUUGUGAGUAAAAGGCCUCACUAAACCGGACGUUAGCCGCAGUGCUAGCUAGCCACGUUAGCAGACCAGCGCCUGCUUUUGUUUUUGUUGGGUUAGCUAACAUUAUGCGCUAGAAGUCUGGCGUUUGUUUUAUUCUGAACUGGACUAUAGCUUUCUUAAGGGGCUAUUCCUGCGGAGGUUUUGGUUUUCUAUCGGGGGUGGAGUCCUGCCCGUGUUAUUACUCGAUGCUAGCGUCGCAACAAAGCCAUAAUAUUUAUCAUAACACGGACACAUAAUCGCUGGACUGUACUUGUGUUUGGGAACAUUACGGGAACAUGGAUUCAAAGCGCUCACAUGGAAAGCCCCAAACAACCAGACACGGUGGAGGUGGUGGAGGUGGUGGGGGCAGUAGCAGCAGCGACUCCAGCUGCGGCAGCCCCGCGUCCCCCUCCCGCAGCAGCCCCGCACCGACCAGGGCCCCGGGGCCCGGGGGGAACGCGUUCGCCAACGACGGCAGCUUCAUGGAGAUGUUCAAGAAGAAGAUGGAGGAGGAGGAGGAGAAGAAGAGGAAAAGGGAGACGCUGCAAACGGGUGGAGAGCAGAGAAGAGCCACCCCCGAGCAGGGACAGACACCCGAGGACAAGAAGCCCCCUCCCGUGACGAGCUUUGUAAGGGGUUUGGCAGUUGUGGGGAAGCGCAGAGGUGGUGUGUUCCUAAAGACCGGCAUGGUUGCGAAGAAGCAGAAAGACGACUCAGAAGCUGAGCCGGGCAAGAGCGACGCUUGGUCAAAGUACAUGGCCGAGGUAAAAAAGUACAAAGCCCACCAGUGUGGCGACGACGAUAAGACCAGGCCGCUGGUCAAGUAGGUUUCCCAAAGCCGAGAACGUGAAGCGACGAUGGUUUUUUUGGGGGGGGGGGGGGGGUGACCAUCUGAGAGAAGCUCCGGGACGGCCGGCCAAUCCCGACCUUCUCACACUGCCGGAUCAAGUCACCCUUCACAUCAAGUCUCUCACAAACUGCUUAGAUUCACGGGCCUUUUCCUCCUCUGUUUUUUGUAUUGUUUUUGUCUUGCUUUGUUAUUUCGUUGGACUCCGGUAAUCUUUAAAAGUCACAAGGUGUUUUCGUAAAACCUGCCGUUCCUUAUUGAUCAUUAUUAAAUGUUUUCAAACUUGUCAUGUCCGGGUUUAGUUAAGUUAGGUUUCAUUAAUGGUUGGGUUUGAUUUAAAAAGCCAAAUUUAAGGUGACAAUUAAAUCUCCACUGCCCAUU